AUGGAAGCUUUACAAAGAUCUGCAGUUUCCUUCAGAAGACAAGGUUCAUCAGGAUUUGUUUGGGAUGAUAGGUUUCUACAAGAAGAAAUUAACAAAAUCAACAAGAAUAAUCAGAGUAAUAAUCAAGAACAAGAGAAAGACGAAAUCAAAGAGAUCAAUCGCGAUGAGCCUCCGCAGCUUGGGUCGAUUAAUACUGUGCAGAGAAGUCGUUCAACCGGCGGAGGUCGUGGUUUUCGUACUGGAAAAGUUUCGCCGGCGAUUGAGCCGCCGUCUCCGAGGAUCUCUGCGUGUGGAUUUUGUGGUGCUUUUGGGAAAGUAGGGGAGAAGACGAAACCGCCUAAGCAUCGAUCUAGGUAG